GCGCCCUGUCCCUGCAGGAGGGAACUCCUGCCAGCAGAGCAUCUCAGGGGGUUUGAAGGCUGUAGAAGCGAUCUUUUGGGGAUAUAGUGCCCUUUAGAGGUUUAAGUAGGAAACAGUUGUGUCUUUCCCAUGUCCUGAAGAGCAGAAGGCGACUGGAAAGGGAAGGAGAAAUGAUUGUGACCAUGUCUGUGAAGGUGGGGAGGCUGUAGGUACCUUCUUAGACAGUCUACUCUUGCUGCCAUGGGAAGCCUGCUGUUCUCUUGGCUGAUUCUCUGUUUCCUGCUGCAUUUGUUACAAGCUGUUAUCAGUAGUUGGGUCUUGAUCUGUAUUAGACUGAUGUUGAUGUGGGGGGACCUUCACAUCCUGCACCGGUGCAGUGCUCUGCCAGCGAAGUUCAAGGAGCUGCUGGUUCCAAGAAAGAUUCAGCACAUCUUGUGCACGGGAAACCUCUUCACCAAGGAGAGCUAUGACUGCCUCAGGACGCUGGCUGGGGACAUCCACGUUGUUAGGGGGGACUCUGAGAGCCUGAAUUAUCCUGAAGAGAAUGUUGUAACUGUCAGGCAGUUCAGAAUUAGGCUGAUUCAUGGCUAUCAGGUAAUUCCCUGGGGUGAUGUGGCCAGCCUGGAAUUGCUGCAGAGGCAGCUGGAUGUGGACAUCAACCUUUUGGGACACACACACAGAUUUGAAGCAUUUGAAUAUGGAAAAAAAUUUUUCAUCAACCUGGGGUCAGCUACAGGAGCCUGCAGUGCUUUGGAAAGGAACAUCAACCCUUCAUUUGUGCUGAUGGAUAUCCAGGCCUCCACGGUUGUGACUUACGUGUUCCAACUAAUUGAGGAUGAUGGGAAAGUAGGAAGAAAGGAGUUCAGGAAAUACUGA